GCGCAGGCGGGGCCGGGCCGGGCCGGGCUCGGCGCGGUGUGGAGGCUCCCGGCUCGGAGUAGGCCGCCACUUAAUGAAAAAAUUAAAGGCUUCUUUAAACAACCUAAAUAAGCUAAAAGCAUAAAAAGUAAUGGAACAACUGCCGGAUCCGGUUAUGCAAGCAGAUGCAAAUAUUAAAGCCAUUAAUGAAGAGUACAGGAAAGCCUUUAUUUUUAUCAAUAAAGGACUGAAUACAGAUGAACUGGGUCAGAAGGAAGAGGCAAGAAGUUACUAUGAGCAAGGGCUUAACCACUUGCUCCGAGGAGUUAGCAUUCCAUCAGAGGGUCCUGAGUGUGCAGGGUCCCAGUGGGAGUCUGCCAGGCAAAUGCAACAGAAGAUGAGAGAAACCCUGCAAAAUGUUCGUGCUCGACUCGGCAGUCUAGAGCAAAACACCCCACCAGCACAAGCAUCUCCUGCUAUGAUGGAUACCCUUCCUGGGGUGCCCAAAUUAUACCCCUCCAUUCCUUCCAAAGAAAAGCCAGAAAGACCCCCUCCCCCUAAUUCUCUGCUUGUUCCAAGUCAGUUGCCUGCAGCAGAUGGAAGUGUUGCAUCUGUGAGUCAGGGGCAAAUUCCAGCUAUGAGUCCAUCAUCUGCAAAACCUCUUUGUCUGCCAAAUGAAGCACCUCCUGCCUAUACUCCUCAAGCUACCAAUGGCCACUUUACUGUGUCCUAUGGCACAGACUCUGGGGAGUUUUCUUCUGUCAGUGAGGACUACUACAACAACAAAUGUACUCAGCCACCUCCCCUGGAAAACCUGGGAGUGGAUGCAGAUGAGCUGAUCUUGAUUCCCCAAGGAGUACAGAUAUUUUUUGUGACUCCUGAUGGGCAGGUUAGUGCUCCUUCAUAUCCUGGAUAUCUGCGCAUCGUCAAGUUCUUGGAUACAGAUAGUGAAGCUGCUCGGAAUCGUCCACCGGCAUUUCUUCAGGUUUGUGACUGGUUGUAUCCUCUGAUGUGUACCCAGUCUCCUGUUCUGUGCUGCAAUACUGGGGUCUACAUGUUCCCCGACACGAUGUCCCAGAUACCAGGGUCCUACGUGGGAGUAGUGCUGUCUUCAGAACUUCCAGCAGCUGACAGAGAGCUGUUUGAGGAUCUGUUAAAACAGAUGUCUGACCUACGAAUCCAGGUGCCAGGAUCCCAUGAGAGAGUAGGGUUACCUUCAGAGCUCCCAGCAACUAUGAGAGCACAUUUUGAAGAUAAAUUUAAACAGAGGUCUGGCCACAAAGUCCAGCCUUCUGAAGCCUCUAGUGAUGCAAUUCACUUGCCUCAGACUGUACAUAUCCAGCCACAACCUGAAGAAGCAGAAGAUCAGAAAGAGUUACCAGAAUGGAGUGAGAAAGUUGCCCAUGGAAUCUUGUCAGGUGCAUCUUGGGUAAGCUGGGGCCUGAUGAAAGGAGCAGAAUACACGGGUAAAGCUAUUCACAAAGGAGCUUCUAAACUGCGAGAGCACAUUCAACCAGAAGAAAAGCCUGUGGAAGUCAACCCAACUGUAGCAAAGGGACUUCACGUAGCAAAACAGGCUACUGGAGGAGCUGUGAAAGUCAGCCAAUUCUUAGUUGAAGGGGUGUGUUCUAUAGCAAGCUGUGUCGGAAAGGAGCUGGCUCCACACGUGAAGAAGCAUGGCAGCAAAUUAGUUCCAGAAUCCCUAAAGAAAGAUAAAGAUGGAAAAUCUACUUUUGAUGGUGCUCUGGUUGUAGCAGCAAGUGGAGUUCAAGGGUUUUCAACAGUGUGGCAAGGUUUAGAAAGUGCAGCGAAGUGCAUUGCUAAAAGUGUUUCAACUGAGACUGUAAAAACAGUCAAAUACAAGUAUGGAGAGGAUGCUGGUCAUGCUACAGACAACGCUAUGAAUUCUGCAAUCAAUGUCGGUGUUACAGCAUUUAACAUUGAAAAUAUUGGUAUCAAAUCUGUGGUAAAGAAAACUGCGAAGGAAACCGGCCAUGCUGUGCUAGAUGAAUAUAAAGUAUUGGAUAAUGAGAAGAAGGGUAAAAAAUGAAAGCAAUUAAGUACUUCUCAGAGCCUUACAUUAGAGAUUAAACUUCCUAUUUAGAAGUAACUACACUGCUCAUCUGACAUUGAACAUUAAUCACAAUGUAGUUUUCAAGCCACUGUUACUUAAUUUAAAAGGAAAAUGUAAAAGUAGGAAGAGUAUUUGUAAGAGGAAAAAUGAAAGUUGUCACCUCCUUGUUCAGUACAGAACAAGAGGUUUAAACAACUGGAUCAGGGCUUUAGGCAACUGGAAGUUUGCAGUUCAUAUACUUGCAUCUUUAAGCACUUUUUCAAAGUAAUAUAUAGAAUAAUAGAUUAAUAUAGAAAUACUAUUGUGAGUAUUUUUGUAACACUUUAUAUUUAUAAAGAAGAUGGUGAUACAGAAAGAGUAGGAUGGCUAGUUCUGGAAUAAGUAAAAUUACCAGUUUUGGCUUUAUAACUAUCCUUAAGAAUUAGUUUUACUGAUCAAGCCUUGUCUUAUUUAAUAUGUACUACUAAUAUAAGCAUUGUGUUUCAUUGUUUCAUAGAGAAUUUCUCUUUUCACCUACAAAAAAGCUGAUCUUACCCAAAGUUCAUGCUAGGAGAAAUGAAAGAUGAACCUCAGGUAAUUAGGUAGUCAUUCCCUUUCAAACAUUUUUUUUCCUCAUCCAGCAUAUAAGUAAACCAAAGAUACCGAGUAUUUUUUCUUGUGGAGAGUAUUUAAAGUUCUAGAAAAAUGCAUUUUCCAGUUAACUUCAUAAGGAAAGUAAAAAGAUUCUUUGAAAUUCAGGUUUUUAUGUAGAGAGAAUAAGUAUGGUUUUGCAUAAAUUAAAGUAUUUUUCUGUGAAAAUAUUAGAGGGCACUGGGAAAUUCUAUGCAUUCUGUACUUUUCAGCUGAUCCAGAAAGAUUGAGAUUAUAUAUCAUGACCUCAUAAUGGAAGACUCCUAAUGUUUGAACAAAUAGUUCUAAUGGUCAUCAUCUUUAUUCCAUUAAAUUGAUAGUUGCACAAGGGUGUGAAGUGUUGAAAAAGACAAUGAAGACAAACCCUUUAGAUUAAGAGUUGUGCAGAAUAGACACUUCUGUGUAGAUUUGUCAUCCCAUUUGUACCACAGUAUAAAAUAACUCAAGAUGUUAAAUCCUUGAGAUGCUUUGACUGUGCUACUUAUUUAACACUUUACUAUUGAGUCUUAAAGCUACUACACAUUCUAAUAUUGGCUGGACCUACAACAGGCAGAAUGCUAACAACCUACAACUUAUCUCCAUUUCAUGUAGAUGGAGAAAAUAACUAUAAAUUGUUGGUGGCAAGUGAUAUUUGUAGAAGAUUGAAAAAAUACAGUAACAACUACGGUCUGUUAGAAUGGUAAUAGGUGCAUAUUUUGUGGUAGCUACUGCAGGUGUGUGCUUUAAAGUGAGAAAUGUGAAAGAAAGGAUCUAACCACUUGAAGUGUAACUUUGAUUUAUGCAAUAAAAAUAAAAUCUGUGCUUGACCUUUUUAUGAUAUGGAGCUACUAUAUGGAUCCAUAAGUGGAAGAACUAGGACUUCUUCAGAAAUAAUAAAAUAGCAGUAUUGGGGUUUAUAUACAGUAUAAACAAGCUCAUCAGGUAGAGCUUAAAUACUUCAAACUAAUAAGUUCCAUCCAGAUUACACUGCAACAAUUUCUGUUACUAUAGUCUGCCACUUGUCAGCUUGUGUAACCAGUUAAAGAUUGCUGAAGACUUAACACUAGCAAAAGCAUUUUUUGUUCUUAUGAGCUGUAUUUACAAUAGGGAUAUAGGUAUUUGUAUCUUCUUUCUCCCUCGCAUUUCAAGGUUUUGCAUAUAGCUCAUACCAUUCAGUUUCAUCUAUAAACCGUCAAAGCAAAAAGUUGCAUUAAAACAACAGUUAAGAUCAAGGUGUUACAGUCUUCAAGAGACCACAUUGGAGUACACUGAGGAAAAACAACAUUUAAAUGCCAUCAGUAUCAGGUAGUGGUGUCCUGCUUAACCUGCUAUUGUUCUCUUCAUGUGUAUGUCUUUCAAAAUGGAUUAAAACUAUUUUUUGAAUGAUGCCUA